GAACGAUAUUUGCAAAUGGCCAAUCGUCGAGAAAUGGCUACAGUAUAUGUGAAGUAUUUUUCCUUCUCAAAAAUCGACGAUAAAUAGUAGUCUUAUCGGGCGAAAGUUAUUCGCAAGUGAUACACUGACUGAUCGUGCGUAAGCGUAAGGUGUUAUUUAGCGUAUCCGCGUCGGGGCCAGUGCGUAAAAGCUGGCAGCGAAAAAGUUAGUUUUCCUCAGGCAGGGCGAGAAGCAAAAGCGAGGUUGCUACCAACACUCACACACAUACACACACGGAUACACCUUUCUCGGGGUGGCCUACGGAUCUUUUUCGGUGUGUCGACUUGCGGACGGAAAGAGAUAGAGUCGCGCUGGUUGGUAUACACGACGAGCUGGGUAAGCGCAAGCGAGAAAGAGAAGCCCGGGCGACGAUGGUGUGCUGCGCCGUUUGUGAAUGAUGUGCAGUGUGCGUGAUGGUGUGUGUGUGACGAUCGCCUUCUAGGCAGGUAGGGAAAAGAAGAGGAAGAAGCGGAAGAAGACGGGCGGUGCGGUCGGGUCAGCAGCAAUAAUAUCGGCAGUGACAGGAACAGUAGCAGCAGUGCCAGUGGGGCAAAAGCAACAGCACACGAGCAGUGGAGUAGCGGACGCAGGAGUAGAGGAGGCAAAGAGGUGGGAGCAAUUGAGGAAGGGCGGAGAACCUCGUCAAGGAAGACGCGGGAAGGCAAAAGAAAACGCGUAAAAAGAAGCCCGAAACAGCAGCGCAAAAUUCGCUCCGAACUCCUCCCGGUGUGUGUGUGCUCGGAGAAGAAGACGUGUGCGUGCGUGCCUGUUUGUGUGUAUGUGUGCGGUUGGUAGACGGUCGACGUCGUCGUACAAAAUUCUAGCGACACACCAGUUACUCCUAACGCGCCGUGUGCGCCAUUAAAGCCACACUAGCUACACUUCCGCCCGUUUUUCGGUUUGCCGUGCACGAGUGUGUGGAGGACAAGUGCGGUGGCCUGGAAGCACAGCAACCACGAAGGGACAACAACGCUGAUUGCAUUUGCUGAGGCAACAUCAUCAAUAUUCCGGAACCGUACAGUUCUUCGUUCAGCUUCAUUCCUUCGUCCAGGAAGGCCAGCAAAACUGCGCAAACUUUGCACACACACACUCACACACACACGCGGCCAAGUUUCUGCUCAACACAACUGGAUGUGGAUGUGUAUGUGUGAGUUGCAUGAUUCGCGUACCCAGGAGAGAUAUUGGCAAAAAAUAAAAUAAAUCAUCAGUCUCGAACUUCCAAAUCUACUAGUGCGCUGUGAUUAAUCCCCGUCCCCUUCUAGAAGAGCGUAACUGCAAACUCACGCACACUACCAGUGCCAGAGAGCAACACACGGACGGACCGGGUAUACAUAGCUAUACGGUGGCGCUCGUUCGCACGGCUUCUCAGCUGUCAGGCCAAUAGGGGUUGCAUAAUUGCAGCGCGAUUUAUUCGACGCGCAAAGAAAUUGUGAUCGUUGCGCCGAGCAGCAGUGGUUCGCGUAGUUCGCUGCGGGGACGGUAAAGAACGGUUUGCAGACUAGUGGUCCCACUGACGGUGCGUACACUUUUCGCAGUGCAAGCGACGUUUUGCGUCGAUUGCGGCCAGUUCUGUUGUCUGUAGUGUCUGUUUGUCCACAACACCGGAAACACGAAACGGAGAAAAGAAACUUAAAAAAAAACUGCUUGCACCACACCCGUUCACAGUGCAGUGAUUUAAAUCGUGAUCGUGAUAGUGAACCUUCUGCGCAACCAUUUACCUAGUCUUGUGUUUAGUGUAUCUGUGUGCUAAGUGUGAACGCACGGUGGUAUUGUGAUUUUGGGAGCAGAAAAACAAAAUUCGAACGCACAAAAUUUGGCGACAGACGAUCCUUCCUCCAAACCGAAUACCGAACACUCCCUUGGAUGCACUUUCUUUGAAGGAAAGAAGCCAUUCUAGAAGGUAGUUAACAUUCGCGAAUUGCUAAACAAAACAAACACAUUCUCCCAGACAAACAAAUAACAAGUGCGUUUAACCGAAGACAAAUAAUGCAAAGCGCGCAAAGUGCGGCUUGAUGAAUGAACUACUUUGAACUUUGAACAAACAAACUACAAAAAACACACACAAAUCAACAACCAAAUCAUCGAUCCUACCUAAAUACAAGUUUUAAACUACACUCACUCGUACAACAAAACUCAGAACCAAAAUUAAUUGGGAUAAAGUAAGAAAUGUACCGCGUAAAAAGUAACACCAAAAGCACAUCAAACGCGGUUCCUUUCGGAAGAUAAAGGACAGAUCGUAUCCGAGUGAAAUUGAAACUGAGAUCGAAUAAUACAAAACUAUUAGCAGUUGCAGUAGCGUAUAGGAGAGAGACAAAGUAAGGGGGAAGUAGGUCGUUACCGCACAGCAAUCCUUUCCAUUCUUCGUGAUCGUGACAAUAUAUCUUCGUAGUGCUUAAAAUCGAAUAAUUCUAAUGCGAACGCGUGGUACAGCAACGCGCUGAAGUGUGUAUGUGUGUAUGUGUCAUUCGUAGAAAGAAUAAACCACCGACUAGAUAAUAACGGAGACGAUCCUGGCAUAUAUCAACGCACCCCGUAGCAGAGGACCAGAGCGGCAUCAACGACGACGUGCAACUGGCGAGAUCGCUCCUUCACCAGCAAAGAACGAAUAUUGUUUGCGUGUGUGUGUGUGUGUGUGUUUCGGUCUCGAAGACGACGUAAGGUGUGAGCGCAAGGCAAAGCAGCGCAACUUGAACGGCGGGACUCUAAUUUAGUUCGUCCAGCACAAAUUUAUAUCGCCAUCAGCAGUGAACACCGAAAUCAUCAUCAUAAUCACCCGUCUUUUUGAAAGAUAUUCUUUGAAACCCCUCUGCCAUUGAGUUCAACUUUAAAAACGAAUAAAACCAUAAACCUACAAAACUUUAAGAAUCUGACGAAGCAGCACAGCAGCGCAUACAAACACUACUUUAGCAUUAUAGGAUUGAAAGUGAUACUUUAAGCAAUCCCUUCUCGUUAAGCACACUCGUGUGUGGCUGUACUCGGCAGGAUAACAAGCAAAAACUUCAAAACAGCCUGCCAAGCAAUAGGAUUAGCUCCCGCGGGCCACGGCAUAGAUCAUACAAAGGUUGCAACCGCACACAUACAUAGAGAAAGUCAACCAAAAACUCCAAUAGAUUAACGAUUCCUAGCAGUAUUGCCAAGAUUCUUGUCGGUUGUUUGUUGAAACACGUGCGUGUGGUAAAACAAAAAAAAACAAAACAAACGCUUAGCAGACUGUAGCGCACUGCAAUUGAUCUUAUAUUACUAGUACACUACCGCUACUAUAUUACUAUUACUUCUACUACCUUACUACUACAACCAACCACCAGCAGCAGCAUAUAGUCGAAAGUAGCAAAACAAUUGUUGCUGUGUGUUGCCAUUACUCAACACUACUUCACCAACAAGUCUGAAUACGCUUUUAUGAAUUUACUUAAAAAAAAGGAAAACAAAUUAUUGCUCGAUGCCACAAAACAAACUCAACCAGUAGCACCAACCUGAGACACUAAUAUUACUACUACAACUACCAUCGUGUUGAAUGUGAUUAAAAGGAUGCUAAUUUAGCAGUCAAGUCAGUAGGGUGAGGAAAGAUUACAGCUACAAACGCUACAAGCAGCAAACAAAAAACGAGAAAAAAACGAACGUGAAACAAGAACUACAACGUCAGCUGGACUGCUACCAAACUACUAAUAUCCAUUACUACCCCACAAUCGAUCUAUGAGUCUGAAAUCACACACAAUCAGGGAUUGUUGCAUCGACAUCAUCCUCUCUUAAAGUAGCUAAUUUGUCUUGAUCGACGGGCAGGCAGAGUAACAAAAAGAAGAGGAACGACGGGUGGAUCGAGGAUCGGUCCGGCCAAUCUUCCAAGCUCGUAUCGAAUUAUUGUUGCUCAUCUCUCCAACGCCAAACAUCCAGUGGUGGUGCGUCUUCUGACCGGUGUUGCAGAACCAUAACGUUAGUAGAAAUCAAUAUAAAGAAACGAGUGAACGAGGCAGAGAGACAGGCCGAGCAAAAGAGAAAGAGAGGAGAAUCGCAAAAGUGAUACUAAAUUCCUUUAUUAUGUGCCAGUGUUCCUUAGCGGACGCACAAAACUACGUGAAACCAGCCACUAGACUAAAACCGUACAAGCAGUUAGUCGCAUCUCUCGGUUGUUGUAUCAUCGUGUUGAAGGACGGCACGAUCAACGACACCGUUGUUCUUUGUGGUAUUUAAAAUUGUUCCAAGAAGAUUCAUCAUAUACGGAGCGGACAGGACAACCAACUCCCCUCCCUCCAACCCCCUCCAUAAUCAUCACAAGCCAUCCUCUGCGUGGGGAUACAAUAGAGAAGAAGGUUAUCAUUACUAGCGGCAUAGAUCGGCCCAGUAAAGUUAGCAGCAGCUGUUAGCACUGGGUGUUAGUAUCAGUUGGAGGUUAAUCAUCAUCGUCAUCAUCAACGUAUCAGCAGCAGCAGCAAAAGCAUCCCGUGUUCAAGAUGAUGGUUGUCGGCCAGAAGGGCGAAGAGGAAAUGCAGAAUAACGAAAAUGACACUGUGAAUAUGAAAUGUGAUUUAUCUCAUUACCUGAUAGCUAUAAAGAAAACUAAACUUAGCGUAAUUACUGAAGCGGAUGAUAGCAAGCUAGGGAAGAUGGCGGUGCCAGAGCUGCAAGUGCAGCAGUUCGGUGCGGAUGAGGAUGACCAAAUUGUAGCCAUUAAGAAUUCAAAUUGCGAACCACCAUUGAAACUAAAGGAUAAUAAUAGUGAUGUAGCGGAACGGGCGAAGCAGUGGUCGUCGGAAGAGGAGCAAUGUCAGCAAAAGCAGCAAACCCAACAGAGACUAUCAGGCAGCAAAUUCGUUCGGUUCGAAGAACUCGUUCGUUUGACGCAGCUGGAAGCGACCAUCCGUCAGCAAGCGCCGCACCAUCUCCGGAUGAGGUUGUGUGGUGGGGGCGAAGACUCUAUCAAUAACGGUACAAGUGCCUGGGGUCAGCCCACCGCUACGAACAACCCGGCCGGUAGCACCUGGGGUCCCAUUGGAGGAGGCGGUGGAUCUGCACAGCAAUCCGGCGCUUCCGUUGGCCCAUCUGGCUCAUCGCAGCAACCGGGUGCCGGUGCCGGUCCAUGGGGAGCAGGCUCACAGCAAAACGGAGGUCCCGGAGGACAAAAUUCAAAGGGUAACGCAUCAUCAGUCAAUCCGAAUAACGUAGGAGCCUCGGGAGUUAGUGUCGACGGCAGUGGCAACAGUGCCGGCAGUGGUGGAGGAGCCGCCGGUCCUUGGAACGGAGCUGGAGGAAACGCACAAGGUGCUGCUGGUGGGGCGCAAGGUGGUGCUGGACCGGCAGGAAGUGGAACCAAUGCCACCGGUGCUUCACAGCAGGAUCAGCAAGGAGCGAUAGGUGGUGGCGGCGUGUCUCAACAGCAGCAAGCCGUGGCAGCGGCGGCAACAGCACAACAAGCUGGACAAGCGGGACAACAGGAUGCGGCAGGCGCAGCGGCCGCAUCAGCGGCUGGCGCAGCAGGAGCAGCGGCGGCUGUGGUCCAGUCGAGCGCAGCCAAAAACCAGCUAGAGCAUCUGAACUCGUUGCGCGAGUCACUAUUCGCUCAGGACGGCUGGGGCUCGGAGAACGUUGAUCAGGACACGCAGUGGGACGUGCCAGCAUCGCCGGAACCCAGCGGCAAAACAGACCCGAACAGCGCCACCAGUGGGCCGACGGCCGGUAUUCCGAUGUGGAAGACGAACACGGGCACAGAGCUUUGGGAGGCGAAUCUGCGUAACGGUGGCCAACUGCCUCAGCAGCAACCGCCAGUCCAGAAGACCCCCUGGGGCCCAGCAAACAACUACGGUGGCACCUGGGGCGAGGAUGAUGAGGCAAACGAGCCGGGAAGUGUCUGGAACGGAGCGAUGGGUGGUGCAGGCGUCGCUGGCGGUCCAGGCGGACCGGGCGGCGUGGGACUGCGCGAUCAGCCACCGGGCCCGCAGCAAUCACAGCAGCUGGCCGGACAGCAGCAAGGCCAGCAACCGCCGUGGAACACGGCCGCCGGAAUGGCUGGCAGUGGAGCUGGCGGUGGCGGUGGCAUGUGGCCGGGGGCGGCAGCAGGGGCUCCGGGAGGUGUUGGGGCGAUGGCACCAAACGUUCCCGCCGGUCUCAAGAAGGACAACGAGUGGGGCGCAGGCAUAGGCGCCGGUGCUCCGGCUGGCGGAAGCGGCGCAUGGGGAGCAGGUGGUGGUGGUGGUGGCGGUGCGGCCGAUGGACGUGUAGCCGGCAAUCCGGUAGCAGCCGGAGGCCUCGAUCCCACUGGGCUCGAUAUGCGCAACAUACGCAUUGCCAGCGCGAUGGAUAGCAACCGUGAGAUCCGUGGCGAUCCGCGCGGCAUUUCUGGCCGGCUGAAUGGCAACGUUGGCCUCUGGGAUCAGCAUCAGAUGUCGAGCAUGCAGCAGAAGAUACCACCGACGGCCACCACUCCCGGGACGCCUACGGGAGGCGUUGGAGCGCAAGGCGGCGGCGGUCAGUGGCCCUCGAACAACCCGCUGGGCGCGGUUAACAAUGGCGUUGCGGGUGGGGGCGGUGCUGGUGCCAAGCUGGGAGGCGGAUCCGGCUGGGACGAUCCAACGGCAGGUGGUGGCCCACCGGUGGUUGGUGGUGUGCGUCGCAACAACAUGGACGAUGGCACCGCCCUGUGGGGCCAGAAUGCGCUGAACCGGCAGAACUCCGGCAAUGUAUCCGGCUGGAAGGACAACAGUGGUGGCGGGUUGGGUCCACCCGGCACUGACGGUGGAAUGGGCCGGAACUUGAUGCAUCGCAAUGCGAUGGUCGGUGGAGGUGGUAACAUGCCCGGCAACGGAGGACUGGUAGGACGCGGUGUCGGUGGUCCCGGCGGUCCAAUGAAACCGGACAGCCUGUGGGGACAGAAUCCUGCGGCCGCACUCGGUGCCGGACCGCGCGGCGGUGCAGGCAACUGGGGCGGAGACGACGUGCCGUCCGCAGCGGGCGGUGGCAACUGGGGAGACGACAAACCGCCGGGCGGUGGUGGCAUGGGCGGCAACUCGCUGUGGAAUGACGGUGCCAACAACAACUGGAACAACAAGGCCAAAAUGUCCGCGGGCGGCGGUGGCGGUUGGAACGAUGGCGCUCCGGGCGGCGGUCCGGGUGGCAUGGACAUGGGCAACUCGGACUGGUCAAUGCCGCCACAAAGCAAGCUGCCACCGAAUGGCAACAAGAUGAAUGCGCUCGAGAUCAUUCGCUGUAGCAAGCAGUACCGGCACCUGUGCGACUUGGGCUUCAAGAAGGAGGACGUAGAGAGUGUCCUGCGCAUGACGAACAUGAACAUGGAGGAGUCGUUGGAUCUGUUGCAUCGCAGCAGUGGCGGCGGUGGCUCCGAUUGGUCCCGUCGCCCAGACGGGCAUGGUGGAUUCGGAGCGGGCGACCAGUUUGUUGGCGGCGGUGGCGUUAGCGGACGCUUUGCUGCAGCGGCGGCCGGCGUUGGUCCGAUGGCAUUCCAGCAGAACAAUCAGAACAAUCUGGGCGGUGGAGUUUUCGGAGGCGGAAAUGGUCCCGCGGCCGGUGGCGGCUCGUUUAACAACAUGAAGUUUGGCGGUGGCCACGGCGGCGCAGGUGGCAACGGUGGCGGACCGGUGGGUGGUCCGCCGGGAGGAGGAGCCGGUGUGUUUGGAGGGCAGCAUCAGCAACAGCAGCCGGGUGGGCUCGGAGGCGCUGGCGGCUUGAAUCAGCCGAACGCCCAAUCGCAGCAAAUCUCGAACCAGCAGUUGCGGCUGCUAGUGCAACAAAUACAGCUGGCCGUCCAGAACGGGUACCUGGAGAACCAGAUUCUCAACCAACCCUUGGCUCCGCAAACGCUGAUGCUACUACACCAAUUGCUAACUCACAUUAAGCAAUUGAAUGUAAUGCAAAGCAAUCUGAGCCGAACCGGUGGUGGCGGCGUGAAUGCCGUACAAAUGUCCAUUGCAAUCAACAAGCUCAAGUCGCAGAUAGCUAACCUGCAAAGCCAGAUCAACAUGCAGCAGGCGAACUAUCUGAAACAGCAGCAGCAGCAGCAGCAGCAACAACAGCAGCAGCAACAGCAGCAUCAGCACCAGCAGCAACCGCCCCAUCCGGGCAGCCUGAACGCAGCGAACGUGAAUGUAUCGGCGAUGGCAGCUGCUGGCGGCAACCCGGGCAACGAUCUCUUCCGUACGCCGUCCGAUCUAGCCGGCCUGCCGGGCAGCUUCGCCGACAUGGCACUGAAGGAGAGCGGCGGCGUCCCGUUCCCAUCUAGCGGCAGCACUAGUCAACAAUCGCGGCUGCAGCAGUGGAAACUGCCGGCAAACAGUGCCACGACACCGAGCAGUCUCGACAAGGAUGGUUCGGAUCUGACCGAUUUCGUACGUGCGCCUGGUGCAAGCUCCAAGUCUGGUCCGUCCGGAUCGGGCAUUGACGAUGGUACUUGGUCGAAUGGGCGUAGCAAUCUCGGCGACGGUUGGCCGGACUCGGGCUCACAAGACAACAAGGAUUGGCCGGGAGGCAACGAUGCCUUCAGCGAUCUUGUGCCCGAAUUCGAACCGGGAAAACCGUGGAAGGGUACGCAAGCCACACGAAUCGAGGACGACCCAACAAUCACACCGGGCAGCGUUGCUCGCAAUCCACUAUCGAUCGCUGCUGCCAAGGAGUCGAAUUUGUUUGGCGGCAGUGCAGCCAGCGCUGCAAGCAACAGCAAAUCAUCACCCACCGAAUCGACCUGGAGCUUUAACCCGUCCGGCGGUGCCGGUGGUGGCCUCCAGGGUGGAAACUACGGUGGCAAGGUGCAGAAAAACCCUUGGCAAGAUGCAAACACACCGACAAUGCCGCCAGCCGACCUCUGGGACACACCGCUCAGUGGAGCCAACGGUGGCAAGGGCCGCGGCGUGGGUAUGAUGGGUGGCAUCGGUAAGCCGGGCGGCAGCAAGCUGGAUGCAAAUGGCUGGAACACGCCGAGCACUCAGGCCGGUGGAGGCAGCACGUGGAACAGUGGUGCGUCUGCGGCCAACACUUGGUCGUCGACAUGGAUUAUGCUUAGAAAUCUAACCGCCCAAAUUGAGGGUUCCACUCUGCGUACGCUGUGCUUGCAGCACGGUCCGGUGGUAAACUUCCAUCUCUACUUGAACCAAGGCAUCGCGCUGUGCAAGUAUGGCACACGCGAGGAAGCGCAGAAGGCACAGUUGGCACUGAACAACUGUCAGCUGGGCAACACGACGAUCAUAGCCGAAAUACCCAACGAAAGUGAAAUACAAUACAUCCUGCCACAUCAUGUAGGCAACAGCAACGGUAUGACGAACGGACUGACCAGCGGCGGCGGACAGAACUGGCGCCUCAGUGCUGCUGCUCAAUCGCAGCCAAUGGUUGGCCGGUCCAAUUCGGUCGUACAGGAUGCUUGGAGCUCGAAUGCGUGGGGCUCGGGCAGCAACACUGGCUCCAGCCUAUGGAACACGCUCGAUGGUGGUCCGGGUGAUCGAGGCACGCCGGCCAAUCUGAAUUCGUUGCUUCCGGAAAGCUUGCUCGGAACAGAACUGAACUGAUGAUUGCGAAACACCACCAACGUCACCGAACGGAACUAACAGUAAGCCUGUGAACGCGCCCGAGAGCGCGUAGAUUCGAAAUCCAUCACUGCUGUUCCACCUCUACCGAGUAACAGGACGACGAGAAGUUUUAACUGCAUAAGCUAUAGGUGAUAUAAUACGAUGAUUCGCGGUAUUAGAGCUCAGCUCUCCCCCAUCAUCGUGUUGGCGUUUCCAGAUGCACCGAAGGCCGAUGACACAUCCCAAAAACAAAGUAAUAAAAUUCUCUUAGGAUAGUUAAGGUAAGCCACUAUAUGAUGGGAAGCACCAUGUUGCUGUUGGAGGAAUGGAAUUGAUGUAAUAUUUGCCACUUUAUAUAGUGUCUUAGUUCAUGAGCCAAUCGCGCAUUACAAGUGCGCACUGAUUUCAACAAUCGUGGCGGGGGGGGGGGGGACACGCGCACUCUGACGCUCUUUCUUUUCUACUCUCCUUUUUCUCUCUCUCCCUCUCUCUCUCGCAGAAUAGAACUAGUUUUAAAGAAGCUGCUGUUGUAGGAACGCAUAGCUGUGGAGGUCAACACACAUUCUUAAAACCCAACACACAAUAUACUAUGCGAACUCAUCUAUGAUGGUAGCUGAAGAAUGUAGCUAAAGAGCGCAGGCCUGCGAGACUAACGCUGGAGAAAGGGAGGGAGAAACGAACGACGGGAGUACACAGGAGUAAAACAAAAAGCAAAAAAAGAAACCUAAAAAGUGUCUUUUGAAAGUCAGCGGUUUCGCGUCUGGCGUAGUAUUAAGGUGUUGUGAAUGUUUUUAUCAUUUUUUUUAAACAAUGUAAUCUUAUACAAUUUAAAUAAUAUAUUAUAUAUAUUUGAGAAGCAGAUGGCAUGAUGGAAUAAUUAAUUGAAUAGAAAGCAAACACAAAAACAAACAAGACAGACGUUGUUUUGAGUAAGCACGAAAAGUAAUAAUAAUAAUACGGGAAAGUCUUAUGUAGAAACAAAAGCAAAAGUACCACACAACAAAUGUGAAGUGGGUUUGUGUGUGUGUUUAAUCUAAAGAAUGCUAAAUCUACGUAGGAUCCAAACAACUCGGGCCCGCAGCAUACAUUUCAAGUCAAAGAGAAAACUCUAGUUCUAGAUUCAAAAAAAAAGUUGUUUGAAGAAAACUUGUUUUGUUGAUUCGUUUAUUUUUUAAACUAAAACCAACCUACAAACUCUUCCCCACCCUUUUCUCCUAAUGAGAAAAAAAUUCCUUCCGCACCUUAUCGGCGUGAGAGAAAGCGCUUAAUCAACGAUGACGAAUUAGUUGUAGAAGAAGGCGAUACAAAACCAGGAGUGUUUGGUAGUGGAAUCAGGGAGGCGUAGGGCUAUAGGUAAAUGAAGCGCGUGUGAGCGUUUAGUGAGAAGUUGACCAAAAUUUGCUUCUCCCACAAAGGCGGUGAAAAGUAAUAAGAAAUUAACGAAAGUGUGCUACAAAUGAAAUCGAAAGCUAAUAAUGUUAUUAUGCGAUAAGUUAUUGAGUACUCGAUUUAUAUACAGAGGUAGAUAUUUAGCAUUUUGUCCUAAGUGAUUUUUCUCGUUUUGUUUUUAAAGUAAAUUAUCUCCAUCCACUUUCUUCCCCUUAUGUGGAGUCUCUCCCUUUAUGUUUACCAACCCCCACAGCCCCCCGCCCACCACCCACCCGGGGAUGCGCGUGGUGGUGGUAGUGGUUGUCGAUUUGUUUUCAAAAAGUAUAUGAUGAAGGAGGGGAAGCCUCGUAUAAAAAAAAAAAACAAUGGAGGGCACUAAAAGAAGAGUGAAGGAACGGGGGAGAAGAGAAAGUGAACGAGCUGUGGAAUACAAAAUACAUAAUACAUAUAUAUACAUAUACACAAAAUAUGGAUAUAUCAAAAGAAACAACAACAAAAAACAUUUCCUUUUUAUGACGCUUGUAGAAUUGGCUGUUUUGUGAAGGAGACAGACAUUACAUACACUCAGCCAAACAAAGCAAAUUAAUAGAGGUAGUAAUUAAGCUAAGUAAACAAUACUGACCCCGACCCGGUGUGCGGUCGUAAAUCACAUACCUAGUGUGCGUAAGGAAUAGUGCGUAAGAAUGUACCGUAAUGCGUAAGACAAAAACCAAAACAUAAAAAAGAUAGAAAAGAAAACGCAAAACAAAAAACAGGAAAAUGAUAAAAUCAAAAAACACAAAAAAACGCAACAUAACUUUACAAACUAAGUCACACAAAAGAAGAAACACGAGGCAGUGUUUGAUGGAAGAGAUGUUUCAGCAGGGGAAAAGAUUAUUUGUACCAUUUUGUUUUGUUUUUACCUUAAGCACGCUAUUUCGUGCCGCUCUCCAGUCGUAGAGAAUUAUUAGCGUACGUUACGUACGUCGUAUCGUUGCCGUGUGUUCGUUGUUCUAUCCGUGCCGCGUCGUCCUACUUACCCCCCUUUUCUUUUGUCGCAUAUACGCGCAGGUAGUCUACAGGUGAGAAAGGCUCGAGCGUUUAUGUAAGAAGGUCCCUUGCGGCCACCAACCAAAUGACAGCUAAGCCAGUAGCUAAUCCAGCUGAUCCGCAUUCGUGCUUUCCAUAGACUUAAUAAUGCUAAUGCCGCCAGCAGCAUCUCGUACCUCGUCGUCCAAGGUUCUCUAUAUUGUUUUGUUUUAAUGUUUAUUGUUUUGUUCGGUUUUAGUUUUGACUUUUUGCGUUUCCGAAAUAACAAUGUGAGAUUAAAAAGACCUACUGAGAGAGCGAAUGGAAUUACUAAUUAAAAAAUAAUAACCUAGGAAAUAGGAAGGGGAGACAGCUCUGUAUGAAUGGAUUGUUGUGUGUGCGUGUGUGUGUGCGAAUGAAAUCUAAAAGACGUGCAUACAGUGCAUACAGUGAAAAAUGAAAGAGAAAAAUCGAAAACAUGCACCUACUAUCAUAAGUCAAAAGAAACUAACAAAACCAAAACAAACAGGAAAGACAAUGAGCAAUUAGUUUAUAUUAAAAGAAGAAAAUUAAAGCACAUUUCAUCAUUUGGGAUUUUAUACACAGCGGUGAGACAAGAGAACAACACAAAACAAAAGUCACGGAUUCUAGUUGGUAGUGAUCGAUUUCGUUUCGUUUUUCAUGUGUUAUUAAACCACAAUUGAUAAGUCAUAGUAAUUUUGUUAGGGGUUUUGCUUGGUUCAAGUUGUAGGAGAAAAAGCACCUGCAACGAACGUAAAAAGCGCACAACUAAGGAAGUUUGUGUGUACGUGUGUUUGGUGUGUGCGUGUGUGUGUGUGUAUACUGUGCGCGUGCAAGUGUGUGUGUGUGCUCUUUUGUGUUUCGUAAAACAAAAAGUGAGGAAACAAUAAUAACUAACAAUCGAAAACGCUUGGAUUAUAACUAUGAAAGCCAUUUUAGCCCAUUACCACAAGAAGAAGAAGAAGUGUAGUGCGAUGAAAGUGGGAAAUAGGAAAUGAUACGUCAGACAUUAGGAAAGACAGAGAGAGAGAGCGAGUAUUGCUAGUUAUCUACUGUGGAAAAUGAGUACUGCGAGGAGAUUAAACCAAUUUUAUGUUCCUACUAAUGAGAAAAUUUGUAUAGGACACCCUCCGCAGUCAGUUGUUCAUGACUGUAACAACAGGCACACCACACAAUCUGCUGAGAUCCCAAAAUCGGUCACGGACCCCGAAUGCUGGCAAGAGAAGAAACCACAUGUAAUUCCAUUCUAAGACUAUUCUUAAGUGAGGGGUAUGGGUGUGUGUGUGUGUGUGUGCGUGUUUGUUCAAUCCAAAGUCUUAUGCGUUGUAUCUGGUGAAGGGAGACAACCAUUAUCAACAAGUCCCCGAAUGUAUCAGUUAAGUGAGCAAAGGUCAGUUAAAUGUGGUUAUUUAAGUUUUGUGUUUUGCUCAAAACGUUCUUAUUUUGGCGUUUUGCUACAAUUUGGAAAAGCUCAGCCGUGUAUCACACUAUUGCUAAUAAACCGGCGUUUACCCGCGUGUUGCGUAAACGUUUGUAUUAGACUGAACUGGAAAACAUAACGAAGCUAUAAUUUCACCAUGGUUCAACCCAGAGCACAAACGGACCAGUGUCUGCGCGUGUCUAAGCCUUUAAGCGAGAGACGUGUGUUCCCUGUUAUGUUAACAUCUUAUCAGGAUUAUUAUAAAUCAUUUAACCAUUACUCUUUCCAUCUGCAUUCCGCGAUGAAUAUGAUUAUGUUGUUAUAGUUUUUUUCUUUCUCUGUGCUAAGCCAUAAUACGAUAAAGCGAAAAGGGAAGUGCGUGUGUGUGUUUGUGUGUGCAUGUGUGUGUGUUUGUUUGUGAUAUAAGUUAUACAGCAGCAAGCACGCAAAACCAAUCUCAACCAAAGUACGAAUGCCAAGGCAGGGUGGUGGAAGGGGUGAUGUUGUAGAGCGAGGAUUGUUAAACCAGGGAUAAGUCGGAGAAAAUCGGAAACAUAAUAUUUUCUCACGUGUGUCGCGCGUGUGAUUUCCAUCAUGCAAAAUCCGGUGCCUGUUCUUUCCGCACACGAAACAAAAAACCGCCCCCGGCAAAAGCAAUGUAUGAAGUGCCUAUAACAGGAAUAGCAUGUGUAUCAUCACUAUUAUGUGUAUUAAAUCGAACGUUUUAUGGUUUAGUUUUUGUGCAUUUGAGUUAAACCCGGUUGUGCUGUGGUAGCUCUUUCGUUAAAGAGAAGGGAGAAUGAAACACAAUCAGUAACAAAAGCGGAAACAAUAUAUCGCCAUUUCGUUGUUAACGUUGUUUACUAAAGCAAUGAGUGCAAUUUUUGGCUAAACAAUUAUUAUAGUAACAUAAGAUAGCGAUCUUUGGAUAAGUAUUUUUUUCUCUAUUUCGCUGCACGAAGGAAGCGCACCAGAGCCAUCACACGUCAUUUCUGGGCAAGUUUAGUAUAUAAAUGUGACACACACACACAUACACACACAUACACACCGGUAGACAUAUUUUGUGUACGCAAACGCAAUACUCUUUUUCUAUUCACUCCAUAGCGGAGUCGCGUAAAUCAGGGGUUUAGGAUGACAAGGAAACACAAGAUGUGCUAGCAAAAUGACUCACACAUACACACACACGCACACGCACAUAGAGAUACGAUUCUGUUCAACAAAAAGGAUAUGCGCAAUAGGAGGUGGUGGACUCAUCCUCCCUUCUCCCUAACCGCACACAGUAGUAUUGCGGGCGUAUGUUGUGUGCCAAAGGAAUAACACUACAACAGCGCUUGUCUUGUUUAGCUGCACUUUAUUUACUCUGUACACGUUAGGCUUUUUGGUUUUAGGAAGGACAAAUCGCUACUAUUAUUAUAUGCUAUUGUCAAACUCAUGUCUCAUGUCAUACACUCCGCCAGAUACACUCCGAAAUGCUAGUUUUCUGUAAGAACAAAAGUAACGCUAGACAAAACAAAGGGAAAUAAUAACAACACACACUCUGCAGCGUGAGGAAAUGGGGAUAUGGGUACACUACCAGUGAGAAUAAAGCAGGCACGGUCCGGGUUUCUAUUUCCGGGCCAGUGUGGAGUGAUUUGCCGAACCGAUCAAACGCCGCGCGCAUGUAGAAUUGAUGAAAGAUUGAGCACAAAGCAAAAGUUAAGUACCCUCCCCGUCUCCCCUCACCCCUCCUCUCCCGUAACGGUUGGAUAAUUCCAUCCAAUUGAUAUCUAACUCCAGGCAAUAUACAGUAGAUAUAUGUAAAAAUGCACACAACCCGUGCUCAAAAAUAUCGUGAAUGUCCCUCAUUUAGUGUGUUAGCAGGUAGUGCGCGUAGUUUGGCCGUUGAACCUAUUUACCGUAUUUAGCUGUGUAAGAAUGUGCGAAAAGAAGAAAGUAUACCUUUUAAGCCAUCUGCCACCAAUGAUGUAAGGGAUAGGCCGAGUUUAUCAAGAAUACGAUGGUAGAAACAGAGCGUAAGCGAAGCAAACGAGUAGCUUUAUGUCGUCUAUCUGUUUAUGACUCACACCUAUCAAACUGCAACGCUAAUUGCAAACAAAAAGCCCUGUCUACUAAAAACGCAGUCGACUGGGAUGGAAGUCAAUAAAGCAACUCUCUCCCCAAAGUGCCCAGGUUCGGGAGCAAAGGCAGGGUUUGUCGCGAAUAUAGAAACCUAUAUAAGAUGAUGAAUUUGUGAUAUUCUACUUUCCAUACCACACAACUCACAAACACAUAAAUAAAACAGAGCAUAUGUUUGAUUUCUGAAUAAAACGUCCCGAAUAGAAGAAGCUGUCUGUAACUAAUACAUUUACCUCAAUAUAAUUGGUAAAGUUCAGUGGGGAAGUGUGAGAACCAUCGGUGAGCGGGAGGGUUGAAAAUCGAAUCAGAGUGCGCGCGUGUGUGUGUGUGCGUACCGUUAGUUUUAGCAGGUAAGGAAAGUGGGCAAGGCAAAGGAAAGCUAUAGGGAAGUGCAGACAAAGGACAAACAUAACUAUGGUGCUUUAAAUUUGUAAACCAAUGUAUGCUCAAUUGAAAAACAGCCACACUAGAAUUUGCAGUGUGUGCAGUUUUGUGUUAUUUUAGAAAGCAAAGCGAACUGAUGAAGAGUCCAUUAAAACAGUACUCGGAAGCCCAAUCCCACACAUACAUUCACACACAAACACACAUACGCACAUACGCAUGCUCCAUGUACUGUUUCUUUCGUUUUUCUUUCCCGCUUUUCGAGGAUGCUGAUACACACUUAGCCUGUUUAGUAAGACUAGUUUUUAACCACCGAAAUGUGUGUUCCAUGUACGAGUGUGAUGGGAUAAGGAAGAAAUUUACGCACCUUUUUGUUUCCAUUUCAUUCCCCGGGUACUACCUUCCAGUGAGUACUACUAUGAACGCCACCGCUGUCUUCCAAACAAAGUUUAAGUGUCUUUCCAAAGCUUCUGUUUUCUGUGAAAUCUAAAGUAAAACAGUCAGUCAGAAAUCAAAUUUGUAAACUUUAAUCCAUGCUAACACCCUACCAGUUGUGUGCCACACAUAGGGAAAAGGUGGUCUCUCGUUUUUAGCCUAGUGCCAAACUUCUUGCUGCUAGCAUGUGAUCCUAAACACGAAUCCUUCCGGUGACAGACCGAUAGACAUAGUAGAUAUGGCGAUAUUGUUGUUACUCUUGGAUGGCGUUUUCUUUUCUUGGCAAACGACCAUUUCAAUGUGGCCGUUAUUUCAAACGAUUACCAAACUUCUAUUCUAAAAAAGAAAGUCACACAUCUCAGUAUAGCCCCAGUAUAAAAGCCUCGAACGCGGAUGUGAUGCGGGGACGUACUCGACUAGUGCAAUACUUACGCUGGUGUGUAAUAACACAGCAACUUUAACGACGAAUAUGACAAUGCAAUGGCAACUAGGAUAGACGGAAUGACAAGCAGUGUGUGUGUGUGUGUAGCAUAUAUUUACCAUAUUAGUUGUUCUGCAGCCAGCAUGUUCGGUUUGCGCAGUAGGCUUGCUAGCUAUCAGUGUCCUUUGAGUAAGUUCUCGCUGUGGCAACUCCGCCGUAUGCAGACAGUUCACGCACACCCGCCAAACACACCGUACACAUGCACACAUAUAAACGCACGUGAAUUCAAGCUUAAGGAAAUGCAAUGAAGAAAUCAACGAGCAAUGGGAGUAAAAUCUCCUUUACAAUGAUCAAAGUGUGAUAACAAGUGGUGACGACACAAAACAAAACAAGCAAAGUGAAGCAAACGGAAAUAUAACUGGGCAAUAUUACGCGAAAAACUUUGGUAGGUUUCAAACCAAAUCAGUAAUAGUUUGCGGAUAAUAUGUUGUUGGCGAGCGUAAGUGUGAACAGCAGCUAGAAACGAGCGAAACAUUCAAAUCGAGUUAAGCAAUGAGAGAGAAAAAAAACGACAGGAACCGACACUAGUGCAGGAAUCUUAACUUUAAGAACUAUGUUUUUGUUACUUUAACAGGCUAUACGUCAUACAAUGUUUUCUUUUCCACGGUUGUGUUGUUAUCUGCAAAUAGAACUUGAAAUCUUUGAAAUUAGUAGUUACAACGCAAUGCAAAGGUUAACACAACAUAGAAAACGUUCAACCAACUACCCCGCGAAGGCUGUUAAACUAACUACCUAUUUGCUCAGAUUUAAGUUGCUUUAAUUGUGUAAAGGAUUUUGAUUUAAACUAUUUGUUAACCAUAUCUUCCACGCAGCACUCUCUACACAACGACACACGAACACGAAACCCGGCAAACCAGAUACUAGUGAAGCACAUUCCAAAAACAUCCAUUCGAGCUUUAUACUUACGCGAGAGAAGUAGGCCGUGAGCGGUGCUAGUUAUGUUUUGAAGUAUGAAAAUGAGUUGGAAAGAUUAAACUCGGAGGCUCUCAAAAACGUCCUGUAAAUCGUGCGAUCGUCCUGGUGGUGUGUACGCGUAUUUGCUAACGCAUCCUUUUCGCAUCCAACGACUUGCUUGCUUGGAGGAAAGUGAUAAAAUGUGAAAUGCAGUGCUCAUUGAAUUGACAGUCAGAACAAACCAAUUGGGAAACAAACACCCGAAUGUGUUACAGCGUUAGAGAAGAAGUACAUUAAAAAAAAAACAACUAAGAAUAAAUGGCAUGGGGAAAGAAGAACAACAAUGUAAUCAAACUAUGAAGGGACAACCAAUUAGACAAGCUAUGCCGGUUAAUGUAGAACAAACAAAACAUGUCGAACGCGCGAUGAGAUAUCGUCCUCGUAUACACUCUGUGGCAAAUGCAAAUGCUCUAUUCCUUCGUCCUUACAAUACAUAUGUUUCAAGCACAACACGAGGGGUCUAAAACUGCAAUGCAAUUAUGUUUAUUGACAAGACGAUAUUUACUUGCUCUAGAUACUUUAUGAAUCUUUUAUGGGGUACAAUGCCCCAAGGAGGAUAGAAACUGCUGUGCGCGCCAUAAAACUACAAUCAUUAGCUGUAUAGUUUGUGAAUUUUGCUCGAUUUUGUAUCGCUUUUAUUUCAUGCUGUUAAACGCUUAUAUUAGAGCAUACCUUUCGGAGGUGAUAGGUACGUGGGAUAAGAAGCUAUUGGCCACGCACACCCACACACACAAACAAACAAACACAUAGACACACCGUUUAUGCUGUUGCUGCAUCCAUAUACUGUUACUUUUGAAAUGGAAAACCUGACGUACUUGAAACGAUGUGCAACCCGCUAAUAUCAUAGUUUAAGCUUUAAUUUAUUUAGUUUUACGUGCGCUAAGUGAAGUGCAACAACAAACGACUACUCACAAUAACUACCACAAUUAUUAUCCCCUUCCCAUUUUGUGGGUGGCCCCUGGUUGGAUUAUAAUUCUCGCUCGUAUUCGUAUAUUGCGUUCCUAGAACAACACAUUCUUAUGGCCGAAGCAGAACAGGAAUGCCGCAGGAGGAGUGUUUGUGUGCUGCGUGUGCAUAGUGAAAAACACAAAAAGGCAACAAAAUAUACAAGCAAACAAGAGUGAAACAUCUUUAACUGUAAAACAAUGACAUCAAACCAAAACGACACGGCACCUUAUAGCAUUAUAAGCAAAACUAACUAAUGUACGGCAAAUUGGGAGCGUAACGUACAAUACAAUAACAUCAUACAACAGCAACACAUGGUCUGCAUAUCGGUUAAACCCUUUUUUAGAAACCAUUUAAGAGAAACCAUAAUCUCCAGAAUCCGUUCUGCUGCUCCGUUGCUUGUAUAAACUUUCUAAAAAUCCCCCCGAGAGAAAAGAAAAAACAUACAGCAACAAAACCGUUUGCUGUCGAUUGUGUUCCAGUUUAGAGUAGUUAACAAACAUUGUUUUGUGCUUUAAUUGUUUUGUAAUGUGCGCGUGGUAUGGUAUGGUAUACCAUUUGCCACAGUUUCCAUCAUAUUUUUCUUUCUAGCUCAGAUAAACGUGUAUUUAUACAGAUAUAUACAACACCAUAUUCUGCUCAUAUUGUUUUUUCUUUUUGUGCUCGAAAGGAAAGCAAUGUUAGACGUUAAAAAAAGAAAGACGGAAGAAUUUAUUUAUACACCAUAUCUUUGUAGAAAUAUUCCAACUUGCAGAAGAGCAGAAGAGAUCACGCAAAAGUAAACAAAAAUACAAACAAAAAAAUGCCAAGAUCAAUCAAACCGCGAAAUACAUUAAGCAUCAGAGCAAAAAUGUGUCUUAUAGUAUGAACUCCAAUCCAAAAAUCAACAUAUUACCAUUCGUAUGCAGAGAAUGAAUGAGAGUUUUGAGUUGCACUUUUGCACAUUGAUUUAUCAUUGAGGGACAUUUAGGAAUUUACAUUCUGUGCAGAGUGAAGCCUGCUAAUUUUAAUGUAGGUGAGAUUUGUGUUGGUGGCAUGGGUGGUACGGGAAAUAUAAUCCAAAGCAGUUUUAUCACGAAACACGUCAAUGCCAUCCCAAGGGAGCGCGCUUUAUCGAUUUAAAGAUCAGACGAUCAGAUCUCACUUCUCUAUCGAUAGUCGAGCAUCUCGUAACAACGAAGGAUUAGAACAAGACGGCUCGUGUCCUGACAUGCAAUUUUGGGACUGAUUGUUAGGACCCUUUCUAAAACAGAAAGAGUGAUACGCAUCUUCUUGUGCGAUCAUAACGAUCACAUACGAACACGCUCGGCAGUGCUGCCAUGUGCAUUAUGUGCGCAUAAACGCGCAUUCUGCUGUGUUGGAAUGAGAAUCGUAGACUAUAUUCACUUUAUCGCUCCUUCAAUUCCUUUUGUGUUUGAAGCCAUCGUAUACAGAUUUUUUGUGAGCGAUCAACCUCCCAGCUAUUUUGCUAAUUCUUCGCUUUCGUGCAAGUCAAUGAAAAAAGGUGCCAUUAUGUUUACCAUACGCAAACACACACUGUUGUUGUGUGUAUUUUGUUUCGACAUUAGUGCAUUACAUCUUUUCUGUUAGUUUGAACAUUUGGGAUAAAGAACGAUAGGGAAAACUGAGAGAGAGCUAUUGAAGCGAGAUAAACCAACCCUUUCAUAAAAUAGAAAGGGUUGUUAGUUAAGGGUGGACAAAGGUGUAGUAGUCGAUCGGCACUUAGUGAAUCGGGUAGACGGAACAUCAGUGCUGUGUGCAUCGUGUGUGGGAAAGUGUGAUUCGCUCAAACUGCCUAGCUUGAUAGGAAUGAUCAAAAGGGCAAUAUUUUCUGUUAAUUUCUUAGCAAAUGUAGGGGAAAGAGGAGGAACUCUGGGGGAAAACCCGAACCGAAGUGAACACACCGCAACCAUCUGAUACUCACAUUUUCUAAACACACCCAACUCCUGCUACUACGUCUACUAUAACUAUAACAGAACAAUGCAGCAACCAAAACCAGAUGGAACAAUACAAUAAUGAUAAUGAUAACGAAACAGUGAUUAAUAAACGCUAAUCGAUCUAAGCAAUGAAACUUAAAAACUGAGUAAAGGAUAUAGAUAAAAAAACACACACACAAACAAACGUGAAAAUACUGGUGAAAAUCAUUAGCUGUGUAGAGGUGUAGGAAAGGAUUAUAGCAAAAGCUGAAUGUAUGUGGUGUGGUGUAGAGAUAUAAAUCUAAAACAAAACAAAACUUUAUGUAUAUUUCAUUCGGUCAAACGAAGAAGAGCAAAAAACGGAAGAGGUAGCUAACUGCAACACAAAAGCCAGUUUCCGUCGUUUCGUUAGUUUGGUUGUUUGUUUUUUACUUUCCUCCAUAGCUUGAUAACAAGCAAACAAACAAGGUAGUGAGAGAAAUAACAAGCAAAUAAAUCAACACAGAACAAAAGCAACAAACAAAUAAAUGUAAAAAAAAAUAGAAAACCAAACAAAACUCAUUUAAAAAAAAAAGAAACCCCAAAGCGAUAAAUAUGAAACACACAACACUGAAUUAUCAAAACAAAACCUUACACACGAGACAAAACAAACAUACAACUAAUGGUGCAUAUUUAGCUGAGGAAUCAUGUUUUUACAAUAAUAUACAACGGACAAAAAGAGCGAAGGAUGCAACUCUGCCGAAAGCGGAUCAUUGAGAGAGAGAGAGAGAGAGAGAGAGAGAGAGAGAGGAGAACGAAAGUGUGGCCCGAAAAAACGUGGGUAGUUAGUGCGUAAAUUGGAAGUGCAGCGUGCAUAUACUAAAGUAAGACAGAAGCAGACAAAAUCUGGAUUAGGAAAGACAUGUGCGCAUGAAUGCGUUUGGGGAGAAUGAAUGGAAACUAUGAAAUAGAGGGGGAAUAGAAAGAUGGAAGAAAUUCAGCAGCAAGAAAACAAAAUAAAAAAGAGAGAAAAAAAAGAAAGAAAGAAAGAUAAAAACACGAACUUCAAAUGCGCAUACAAAUUUCACAUUGAAGAGACUGAAAUGCCAAAUUAAUCAUACCUUAUAGAGAACAAACAAACCAACAUUGUGUAGUAAAAAGAAAAACUAAAGCAAAUGGAAGAAGGAAACAAACAACAAAUGAAUUAAACGCUAAACAACAAUUAAGCACGCACACGUACACGAAAAACACUCACACAUACAUGCAUUCAACACUCACAAUAGGAGAACAAGGGCAGAGGAAAUUAUACGUGCUUAUGACGUUAUAUUGAGUCAAUCGAGACAUCAUCAAAUCAGCAAAAAAAACCCCCAGAGCAAACCAAACCGGGCGUGGAAUGAAUUGGAAAUGAGUGGAUCAAGGGGCGCAAACAUGUGAGCGAUUUAGUGCAACACUAAAAACAAGCAGCACACAUUACAGAGCAAUGCAAGUGGAAUAUAAACACAAAAGUUUUCGUAUAUUUAUGAUGGUGCAUACCGCUGUUCGGAGAUUGGAAAGAGAAGCUGAGAAAGCUGAACAAGUGUAUGAUAUAGAAAAGAAAACAUCAACCGAAUCCAACACGUGGGCCAGCGCCCAAUGUCGUGAGGGGAAAUAAAACGAUAAGCUGAGAUGGAAAUGCAAACAAACAAAAAACACACACAAAAACAAAUAAAAAAAAAACAGUAAUAAUGAUUAUUGAUAGCAAAAGUAAGACUUUUUCUGCAUACCCGACUCUAAUAGAGGAAGAGUUACAUUUAUAAGGUUCUUAAUGUUCAAUAAACGGUCAAAAUAGUGCA